UCAUCUUAUCCCAGCGAAAGAGACCAAAGAUGCAGGAUGUGGUGAGGAUGUGGUCCUGGAGGAACAACCUGAAGAGGUGGAAGCAGAUCAGGCACAGCUGGCUGAAGAUGAAAGGAAUAAAUUUGAUGAGCAAUUGAUCAAGUUGAAUAAUCAGGUCAUUGCCUUAAAUGAGGAAAACGAGAUGCUGAAAACACAGAUCCAAGUGCUUGAAAGAAACAUUGAGGAAUUAAAUACACCAAAAAUGUCAACUUCUAAGAUUAGUCCAGUUGCAACGCCAAAGAAAAAUGAACCUACCUCUGUAGACUCUAGAGGGCAGCAGAUAGAUGUAUGUCUUGAGGCAGACUCCAUGAUUGUCCAAGUGGGUUCACCAGCACCAUCACAGAAUGCUUCUGACACAUCAUCGGAUCCAACAACCUCUGAUAAGCCGCUUGAGAGGCGAGAUAUCAGUGAGAGAAAUGUCACAGGUGGUGCCGAUCUGGAGAGAAGUCUUGUGCGAGAGGAGCCCGAAGGUAGAGCUGAGGAAAAACUCAACAGGCACAUCUCCGAUGCGUUCCGAGAAGCCAUGACCAGUUUGACUUACUCUGACAGCAUUCUAGAGGGUAGGCUAGCUGAGGAAGUUUCAAAAAUUGCCAGAAAUGAUGAGGGUGUUGUUCUAAUGCUAGCCCGCUGCCUCCCCCAUAUAGUCCCUAAUGUUUUGCUAGCUAAAAGAGAGGAGCUGAUUCCUGUUAUACUUUACACAGUUAGUCUACAUCCGGACACUAGGGAACGUGAUAAGCUACUAAACAUUUUAUUUAACCUCAUUAAGAAGCCUGAUGAAGAGCAAAGGCAAAUGAUUCUUCGUGGAUGUGUGGCUUUUGCCCAACAUGUUGGCCCAGCUCGAUUAGAAGAAGAAUUAUUACCACAGUGCUGGGAAGAAAUUAGUCAUAAGUACCCUGAGCGGAGACUAUUAGUUGCAGAAUCAUGCGGUGUGCUGACCCCCCAUCUUACUAAAGAAAUACGUAGUUCUCUUCUGCUGUCCAUGCUUCAAAUGAUGUUGGAUGACAAAGCCAAUGAAGUUCGUCAGGCAGUCAUCAAGAGUCUAGGCGUUGUGCUCACUUGGGUUGAUGACCAAGAUAAGUACAACCUAGGCUGGGAGCUCCUGUCAAGAGGCCUGCAUGACAGCUCAGAAGCAGUGGUCGAGACAACGUUAAAAGUUCUAUUACCAUCUUUUACCUACUGGGCUUUGGAGCUUGGUCGGCUAGAAGAACAAGUACUUGGACAGUUGUUAAAAAAACUUGAAGAAGCAGUCAAGAAAUUAAAAAGCAGUUCCUCAGCGGACAACACCGGGGAUGUGCAGUGUGUCCACCUGUAUUGUCAGACUUUGCAAACCCUGACGCCUUUAUUAUUUGCAGCCGUCCUCCGGUCUGGUCCAUUCACUCAAGGACUUGAUGUUGAAGGGGCUGUACCAUUAGAAGUUACUAGGUUCCCAAAGGCUUAUUCUGGACUUUUAGAUCUUUCUGUUUUAGUUGGAAAUCGUGAGCUGCUGGCGGCCCACGUGGGGGCAUUUGAAAGUCACAUAGGACAGAGCAAUCAUGAGGAAUGGGACGUGUAUAGCUGGGUGCUAAAGGAAUAUUUACCAAGGCUACUAGAGGUUAGCUGCAAUCUAGAAAUGUUUUAUGUUGAUAGUAUAAAAGCUCUUUCAAAAGUUAUACAUAGCCUUUCUAAGACUUUUGGCAAAAGUUUCACAGAAACAAGGCUCAAACCCAAGUUUCAAGCAAUGCUAAAUGUACCAGAUGAGCAAUAUGAUACAUUAAUUAAAUCCGGUCAGUCAGCAUUAACCAAAGCCAUAGUCCCUGUGUACGUCUCCGGUGUUCUUUCUUGUUACAAUACCGACGACGAUCGUAAACAACUUGCCACAUUCCUUCAGGACACAAUAGCCACUCUUGCCGUGAACCAUGCGUCUAUGGAUAGCAUUCAGCUGUCUUUUGCAGAACUACAUCACAACCCUAUUUACCAUGAACUGCUUUUAACAGUACUGUGGAAUGGAGUAGUAGACUCGUCAGCACGUGUGCGAAUCACAACAGCGAAUAUGUUUACGUUGCUUUCUAAGAACAUUCACGAAGGAUUAGUGUCAUCUCGUAUUGUUCCAGCACUCAUUACCCUUGCAGGAGAUGAUGAAAUGACUGUGAGGAUCGCAACUGUUCCAGCAUUUGGUGCAAUUAUAGAGAGUACAUCUCAGAAGGAGACAUUAGAUCGAGUUUACCUACAAUUACAGCAUUUCCUAGAUGACCCUCAGUAUAAAGAUGAACUCUCCAUGUUGGUUGAGAUCAUUCGUAUAUUUGGUGUUGUUGGUCCAAAUGCAGAACCAAAGUUCAGAGAUGAGUUUAUACUUCCUCGACUUGCAGCAAUCGCACACACCAACAAUAACACUUCAAGUCGUAAUAGGCAAUCAGAGGUAGCUAUGGGGCUCUUCGAGGCCUACAGUGCCCUCUCUUGUUGCUUCAUAUCUGAGGUUCAGAUUCGGGAUGCGAUGCUUCCAGGGUUACGGUGCUUACGGCAAGACUUAGAGGCGCUCUCACCUGAACAUGAGGUUGUUGUGACAUCAAUGAUUAAAGACCUCGAAAGUAAAAUUUCAGGCAGAGAAAGAGCCCCAAGUGGUGCAAGUUUAGCAAGCUUGGGUGACUCUGUUGCGAACAUUGGUGAAGAUGCGAAGAGUAAGAUAUUUAACCGUCUUGGCGCCCUCAAGGACAAGUCAUCAGCUUCACGUUCCAAAAUGACUUCCAUGUUUAGCAAAAAGAAAUGAACCAGAUAUUCCAGGUUAUUAUAGCCAAACUUCCCAAAUUGCCAAUAGUACACUGUUGUCAAAAUUAAUUAUAUUAUUAUUUAUUUUAUUAUUUUUACAAUAUUAAUAUAAUUUUUUAUUAUUUGUAAUAUUGAUCAAGUGUCAAAAACAAUUUUUAUUAUUAUUUAUUAUUAAUAACUUUGAAAUAGAGUAUAUAAGUACAGGUUUUUUUUAGCAAAUUCUUGCAUACUAGUUUUUAAAUUCGAUAUGAUAAAAUUACAUUAAAACUGACAGUAAUUUGCAUUAUUUUUAGUUUAAUUUUAAUAUAUUUUUGUAUUAUUAUUUCUUAAAAAAACUUUGAAUGCUUAGGGUUAAAAGAUACAUUAUCUACAAUAUCAAAUUUUAUGUGAACAAUUUGUGUGAAUAUUCCAUAUAUGGGCAUGAUGAUGUCUUACCACAUCCAUAUAAGGAUCAUUUCCCAUAUACAGGCACAUCACAUGUGCUUGAGCUUCGGGGGUAUCUUUUUUUUUUGUGACAGAAUUCCUUUUAAGUUUGCCAGACAAUAUGUGAACAGGUUUUCAUGAAGUACUUUAAGCCUUGUCAGACAAUCAAAUUUAUAUGACAAAGACUAUUGUAUGUCCAUAUAUAGUCAUGAUGUGUCUAUAUAUGGUCAUGACGUGAUGUCAUCACAACCAUAAUUUGGCAUGACACAUUUGUUCUUUUGUCAAAUUUGUUUAAAACAACCAUCCCAGCAAACACAAAACGUUCUUAGAACGUUCGCGAACGUUGUGGUUAUGUAUAUCACAAAAUAGCAUUCACACAGCAUUGUAAGAAUGUGCAAACGUUGUAAAAUUAGGUUUAAUAGUAGUACGUACAUAUGGUUCUAUUUUAUUUAUUUAUUUACCAAAUUUCUAUAGUGCCCUUUUCAUGAAUAAUCAUGUUCAAAGGCGCUUUACAUUAAGAAUACAAUAAAAUAACAGCCAAACUAUAAACAAUUGAGAAUAGGCCUAUCUAAAAUUCAUGACUUGAUUGUAUAAAACAGUUAUAAAAAUAGAAAAUUUGCACAAUAUCUCAAAUCAAGGCAUAUAUUCACCAAACUGUAACGUUGUUAUAACAUUAUUAUGACGUAAUAUUGUUAGCUGGGAUAUAAUCUUAUCUGCCAGAGUCACAGUCCUCCAAAAUUGUUAUCAUUGGUUAAAUAAUUAUGCAUUGUGUACUUAAAUAAACACACAAGCGUUAUAUCAAUCCAUUGUCAUCAUUUAAAUUUUUUAAUAUGAAUGCAAAUUUAUAAACAAGCCUUUAAAGCAUAGAGUUAACACAAAGUGUGCUACUUUUUUUUUAAAACAACUACUGUAAUCCAGAUUUUAACCAACAGAGGGCACAAAUUAAUCCACAUCAACACCUUGUUAUUCAAGCAGUUUAUUGGCCUAUUUAACUUUAGCUUGUCUGGGAGACUCUUCUACACUUAUUAUUUUGGCAUAUAAAUUCAAAGCUACUGGACAUAAAAUACAUAAUACAAAUUACAGUACAUAAAAGAAACAGACAACAAAAAAAUAAAUUAAAAAUUUACUAUAAAAUCCUUUUAUAUACUCAUACAUUUUUUUUUUCAGCAACUUGAGAUUUUUUAUAUCAGUAAUUCAUUAAAACGUCUUAUAAUGCCAAAUUUCAUAACUUUUUUCAAAUAUAUCGAAAAGUCCACUGAUUAAUCUCAGAUAAGAUAGUAUAAUACGUACUCCAAGUAUCGAAAUGCACGCCUUCGUGUCGGGAUUCAAUAUUUUGACAUUAACUAUGUCAUCAUUAUUUUUCAAAUAUUAUUUUAUUUUUGGCAGUUCCUUAAUACUAUUAUUGGAAUAAUCAUAGGAGUUUGUCAAUCAAACUUAACUUACCAAUCAGAACAGCGCCAGUAAUACAGGGGUGUCUCACAAACAUGCAUGUUGUUCCGCACAUGUUUUUUUUUGUGAGGCCUUUGCUGCUUUAUUCAAUGCGUGGGGCUUAGCGGAAAAGGCCUGUUGCUAUUGUUCUUUCAGAAUUAGGACCACUGAGAAAACUGUUUUACCCAAUCCACUAUAAACUCCCCAAAAAUUCUAAAUUAUUGAUUUUGUUGUAAUGUCCAUUUUUUCCAUCGUAUCAUUUCAUGUAUACAGAAUGUUUUAUUAUUUCAUUUGUUGACUUCUUUUAUUUCUAAACAUUAUGCUGUAUUAUUAAUUUAUGACAAUACUAUGAAAUGUUCUACUAAAAUUCACAUGACCAAAUAGUUGUAACGUGUGACAUUUGAGUGCUUCAGACAAAACAUACAGUACGCCUAAAACGUAUUAUGUGUAUAUUAAUAUAUUAUGUAUGAUUGUGAUUAUGUUUAAAUGUUAAAGAAAAUUUUUAAUUUGACAUUGAUUUUACAGCAUAUCUUUUUGCUUAUCAGUAUCAAAUAACUUACAGGGAAUGUUAUGCAUUGAAGACGGGUAUACAUUUAUGAUACAGUAAUUAAUUUGUCAAUUUACAAUAUUGUGUUAGAUUUUAGCCAGCUAGACCAAUUAUGAACUUCUAAAAGUGUGCUAGCAUAACUAGUUUUACCGACAUCUUUACAGUGAAAAAAAUAAAGGAAACCUUUUAUUUUUUUUCUGAAAUUACUAUUUUUUCAUGACAGCGAUUGUGCUAAUUGGCCAAAAAUAAAAUUUUAUAUUUAUUUGAAAUCAUUAUUGGCGGGCGGUUUGUUCGCUAAACAAGGUAUAAAGAAAGUCGUGUAUUUUUUUUUAUACCUUCCAUACACAUGUGGACCACAUUGCUUACAAACCUGAAAACACUGUAAAUUCAUCAAAUUUCCAAAUAAUAGUAUCAUAACAUUUAUUAUGCACCAAUGUAUAUUUAUUUAUUGUAGCACGGCAGGUGUGUCACCUGAAUUUAUAAAGACGGUUCUACUUUAUAAGAGUCGGAGGUUCAAGGGCUGCCAUGCUUUGUUGCAGUUUUGGAAUAGAACUUGGGGGGUUCAGAGGACAAAGUCCCAUGAAGCUUAAGCAUUCAAACUUGUAUAUUUGGAAUUUCAUAAUUAUCAUUUCUUUGUUUGAGGGUAGUUUAGGUAUAAUCAAAGGGGUUUUGUAGUUUAAAUAGAGGCUCAACUAAACCACAGACACCUUCUAACUAACAGGCCUGGCUAGAUGCAUGAUAAGGUUUAUAAUCUGGCUUGUCUUGUUAAACUGUUGGAAAUGGUGUAGUGUUAAACCUCGGUUGUUGGUGUUUUUUCCCGUCCAUUUUGGAUUCUCAAGGACCAUUGAACAGUAUUUUAAUAGAUACAAAUACACAGCGGUGGUGUUAGUAUUUCCUCGACAGGUGAUCCACCCACCUCAGCCCCACCAUGGUUUGGGCUGAAGUAAACAAAAUUUAGUCCAUAUCACUUGGCACACUCAAGCCAGCUAUUUAUGGCUUUGAAAAUGUUUCUAGAAAUUUCUGCUAUAGAUUUUACAGCGACAAGAGAAGCAAAUUAUAAGUUCACAACAAUAGCGCUACAGUACUUCAGAGGUAAAAUUCAGGAAAUGGAAUGACUACCUAAACUUAUUUUAAAUCACAAAAACCUUUAUAAAUACUGUAAUAAGACAUCACUGGACUAUGUGACUCUUAAAUAAGGCAUUUAAGAACUGUAAUAGCUUUUUAAAAAUGUGCUUUUUUUAAAUUUGUGUUUAAGUGGAGAUAUUCAAGGCUUCAGAAAUCAUUGGUGCAAUUACUACAGGAUGCUGUAUAUACUUUAUUAUAUAGUGAUUAUAUAUAUUAACAUUCCUUUCAUAAUUGCAAAUAAAUUGUGUACCUUAACGUUUUCCAGAAAAUAUUUUUUUGAUGCUCUAUUUUGAUUACAUAUUGAAAUGUUCUGUAGGGGAUGUGUACUGUACAUAGGCUAGUUCGGUUGGGUUUCUAAAUAGAAAACUAUUGCUUUUUAAUUAUGAUUUAUACUAUUUCUUUUAUGAUUAUAUUGGUAGACAUUCUUACAUAAAUUUGUCGCGUACUGAAUGAAGUAAAAUAACUCCGAGGUGGUAAGUAAACCUUGUAGUUGGAUUUAAGUCAUUUUAAAUCAGUAAAAUAAUUGGGUUUUUUUUUUUUUGGUUUUUUUUUUGUUUUUUAGUUUAGUUUUUUUUUUUUUUGGUUUUUUUUUAUAGAAACUUGUAAAAAAAUUGUAUAGAACCUCUACAUACAACAUACAGUAUACAAACUUCUAGACAGAUAAAAAAAAUACCAGGUCACCAAUAUAUACUGUAAUUCAAAUCACCAAUUGUAAAAUAUCCAAUAAACAUAGUUUUGGUAUUAUCAUUACAUCUAAUAUUAAUAAUAUUUUAAUACAAAAAAAUGGUAUAGAACCUCUACAUACAACAUACAGUAUACAAACUUCUAGACAGAUAAAAAAAAAUACCAGGUCACCAAUAUAUACUGUAAUUCAAAUCACCAAUUGUAAAAUAGCUAAUAAACAUAGUUUUGGUAUUAUCAUUACAUCUAAUAUUAAUAAUAUUUUAAUACAAAAAAAUUGUAUAGAACUUCUACAUACAACAUACAGUAUACAAAAUUCUUGACAGAUUAAAAAUUACCAGGUCACCAAUAUAUGAUGUAAUUCAAAUCACCAAUUGUAAAAUACCCAAUAAACAUAGUUAUUGGUAUUAUCGUUGCAUCUAUUUCUUUUUUUACAUUUUUUAUUUAACAAACCAUGUUGUCUGAUUACAUCUUUAUUUUUAUUGAUUUAUUUGUUAUUAAGUCAAUAAAAUGAAAAUAUCUAUAUGAUAAAUUUAAUAUGAAUAGUACAAUUAAAAAAAAUGAUAUCAGUUCAUAACAUUAGCUAUGACAGUUGCUAAUUUCAUCUGUGAUUCUUAUUUCUUAAGUAUAUACAAUUUAAAUAUAAUGGUUUGUGUAGUGGCAGGCCCACAAUGGUUUCAUUUUCAAAAAUAUCAAUUGGGAACUGCUUUUAUCGGUACCUUUAUGUAUAAUGCUUUGUCCGCACCAUCAAAUUCUAUGAGACAAGUUAAAAUGUAUAUGCCCAUAUUUGGGUGUAAAGUGACAUCAUUAUUCCCAUAUAUGCUUCUUGUUGUAUUAAGAUCAUUUCAUUAUUAGUUUUUUCUGUUAUUGAGAAAUUUAGCAUUUCAUUUAUUCAUGCUUAAUUUUUUUACAAGCACACUUCAACAAAAAAUGAUCAGGGUGUGCAUUGUUAAAGCCAGGAUUUCCCCGACAGGGAGGUGAUGUCCCCGGUUGGGGGUAAGUCAGUGGGCUUGACAAGGGGCCAGCUCUCCCUGACUAAGGGCCCUGUCAUCAACCCCAAUGGCACCACCACUAAGGGUGUUUAAUCUGUCGUACCUCACAGUUCAGUUUAAAGUGUCUACUACAUGACAAGCGUUAGUAUUUUAUGGUGAAAAUUUGACGUUCAUUGUAAAAAAAAAAUGUCACGGAUAGUUCAAUCUUCCAGUGCUCUUUAUUCAGAGUUUAUUGAUGAAAAAGUAACUAGUUUCAUUCAUAUGGCAUAGCAAAAAAAUAUAUAUAAAACGUCAUAUAAAGCAAUAUGUUUUUAGAUUAUCAAGAUUGAAUAAUAAUAAUAAUAAUAAUAAUAAUAAUAAUUAUUAUUAAUAAUAUUAUUGUUAUAUUAUUAUUAAUUAUUAUUAUUAUUAUUGUUAUUAUUAUUUAUUAUUAUUUCACUAUAUUGUUCUCUAAUUUGUACAUUGUCAAAUUUCCCCGUAAGGCAGGUUUUAAUAACAUAAUAGUAAUGAUAAUAAAAUAAUAGUAUAAUUAAUUAUAAUAUUUAGUCUACACGUUUUUUUAUAUGGUCGGCCGAAGUCGUAUUCUUCUGUUUCCAUUAGUGUUCUAUUUGCUCAUUUUGACCAAUCAGGUGCAAUAAAGUGUACUCCACCAAGAAACUUCUAUAGAUUAAAAAAAAUAAUAAUAAUAAUAAUAAUUUGAUUGUUGCAUUUGAUGUGUGGGUUCUGUGUGGUUUUUUUUUAAAUUUUUUUUUACUAAGAUUUGUACUUAAGUCUUGAUUCUGUAGCUUAGCCCAGUUUUAGAAUGUCAAUAAAAUCUCCUGUGUAUGGUAUAUUAUGAUUUAGUUGGUAUAUUUAAAUUGUUUUCGAUUGAUGACAUCGUUAGGAGAAGCAAGACUGUAUUGUAUUCUGAUAUGUAUAAUACCCAAAAGAAUUAUCAAUAAUUAAUAUAUAUUAUAUGAAAUGUAUGAUGGACUCAUUGGUAUUUUUUUUUUCAUAAUACAAUAAAAAAGUAAAUGAAUAUGA